AUGAUGGACGCGCCGCCACCACCGCGGACGACGACGCCGACCACCACGCCCCCGGUGUCGCCGCGGCCCCAGACGCAGCCGCAGGCCCAGGCCUCCGCGGCCGUGUCCUCCAGGCGCUACGGCGUGCAUUUCUCCGCCUCCAGCUUCAUCCAGGCGCCGCUCUCGGCGCUGCUCGAGUACUCGGGCGUCCUCCGCGCCGACCCCGGCCCGCACCACCCGUCCGCCGGGGGCGGCGAGGUGUCGAUCCGGAUCGUGGGGCCGGCGGCCACCGACGGGGCCGUCGUGCAGGAGGAGGGGGACGCCGCGGGAGGGGCGCAACCCUCCGCGCCGGCGGCCGCGGCCGGCGCCGACUCCUCCUCCUCAUACCAGAGGUACGACAUACAGCAGGUGGCCAGGUGGGUGGAGCAGAUACUGCCAUUCACGCUGCUGCUGCUCGUCGUCUUCAUCAGACAGCACCUGCAAGGUUUCUUUGUCACCAUCUGGAUUGCUGCCGUGAUGUUCAAGUCCAAUGACAUCCUGCGCAAGCAGACUGCUCUAAAGGGGGAGAGAAAAAUGUUAAUUCUUGUUGGGAUUACAAUAUUAUUUGUCGUUCAUGUAUCUGGAGUGUACUGGUGUUACAAGAAUGGUGAUCUUAUCAGACCUCUGGUCAUGCUUCCUCCAAAAGAUAUACCACCAUUUUGGCAUGCAAUAUUUGUAAUCCUAGUGAAUGAUACAAUGGUGCGCCAAACUGCUAUGAUUGUGAAGUGCAUACUGCUAAUGUACUACAGGAACACCAAGGGCCGUAGCUAUCGUAGGCAGGGUCAAAUGUUAACACUUGUGGAAUACUUUCUACUUCUGUACCGUGCCUUAUUGCCUGCUCCUGUAUGGUAUCGCUUUUUCCUGAACAAGGAGUAUGGGAGUCUAUUUUCCUCGCUAACCACUGGACUAUAUCUUACGUUCAAGUUGACAUCUGUUGUGGAAAAGAUUCAAUCAUUUUUUACAUCACUGAGAGCAUUGUCCCAUAAAGACUUUCAUUAUGGCUCAUAUGCAACGAGUGAGCAGGUUGCUGCUGCUGGAGAUAUGUGUGCUAUAUGCCAAGAGAAGAUGCACGUCCCCAUUCUUUUGCGCUGUAAACAUGUCUUCUGUGAAGAUUGUGUCUCUGAAUGGUUUGAGAGGGAGCGCACCUGCCCACUGUGCAGGGCACUGGUGAAGCCAGCAGACCUCCGGUCAUUCGGCGACGGUUCGACAAGCCUCUUUUUCCAGCUUUUCUAG